CAGAAGGGAAAGCCUUCCUCGCAGAUCUAAGCCAGCUGCCCUGCUCCAAACACUCCAGUGCAAGACGGGAGGGAGAGACGGAGGGAACCUGCAUGCAUCCCCCCCACCGAGCGGCCGCCAGCGCCACAGACAGCGGCCCGCCGCCCGCCCGCCACGGGCUUCAUCCGCCGGUAGCCGGGAGUCCUAGAGCCUGAAGGGAAGGUGGGGGCGAGCAGACACACUGACAUCUGAGGUGAAGCAGAGUCCGGGGGGAGGCGGAGGCCUCGCCGGGGCUCCGAGGAGGCCGCCAGGAAGAGGCACGGAGCGGGAGAUGGCUACUGGAGGAAUCACAACACUGCCCUCCACACCUGAAGACGGGGCCAGCGGAGGGUUCCCCCCCGGAACCUUCAAGGACCCCAAGAGACUGUACUGUAAGAACGGGGGCUUCUUCCUGAGGAUCAGGGCCGACGGGGGAGUGGACGGCAUCCGGGAGAAGACCGACCCCCACAUCAAGCUUCAGCUGCAGGCGACCUCUGUGGGCGAGGUGGUCAUCAAGGGCAUCAGCGCCAACCGGUAUCUGGCCAUGAACCGAGACGGACGGCUGUUUGGAGCGAGACGAGCCACAGACGAGUGUCACUUCUUAGAGCGACUGGAGAGCAACAACUACAACACGUACCGGUCCAGGAAGUACCCCAACAUGUACGUGGCCCUGAAGCGGACCGGGCAGUACAAGUCUGGAAACAAGACCGGACCGGGUCAGAAGGCCAUCCUCUUCCUCCCCAUGUCUGCCAAAAGCUAAAGCCCCAGAGACGGAGACCAAAACCAGGAGGGAAACCCAGAACCAGAAGCUGCUGCCCCAGACCACCAAACCAGAACCUGAACCUGAUUCCCCAGACCAGCAAACUAGAACCCAGAACUGCAGUGUGUUGCCUCAGAGCUCUAAACCUGAACCCAGCCCCAGAAUGAGACCCUGAUUCCCCAGACCACCAAACUACAGCCCCUGUCCCAGUCCCAGAACCUGGUUCUCCAGAGCUCUAAACCAGAACCCAGCCCCAGAACCAGAACCCUGUCCCAGAACUCUAAACCUGGAUGUUGGGAGAGAAACUCUUCUACGGCUUGUGUUGUUACAGUGUUUGAACCAGAAGCCUUCUGCUCGGACCUGAACCGGGUCUCGGAGUGUCCAGUACCGUCCACAGGUUGAACACAGUGUGAGGAGACAAUCCUGACCCAGCAGAAGACCGUGAUCCUCCUCAGACGAGAGAAACCAGGAGGAUAGAGGAACCAUCCCAUCGAACAGGAAACCUCGGCUUCAAGUCGACUUCACAUCUUCACAGCAAAACAGUAAAACCAGCGAGCAGUUAAAAACCAGCUGAGACUCUGCAACACCUCAUCUCUCCUGCUGAAUGCAACCUACACACACACACACACACACACACACACACGGAAAGCAACAGUCAGCCAUGCAAAAGGGAGAAUAAAUUUGAAGAUAAUUCUUGUUACUUAUGAAGUCGGUAGAAGGGAAAGUGAAGAGUUUGACUAGUUUUCCUCUCGUGGAGGUGAACCGGUCUCAAUCCUUCCUCCCUUCACAGAAUCAGAGUUUCAGCGGGAACCCAAACCCAGAAGUGUUUUGAGAUCGUUGAGCUGAAUGUUCACACUGACCAGUCCUUUUAAUGAAUGAGAUGAGUACUAAAGAAUCGUCCUCCAGAUGCUGAGAAUCCUCAGCGUCCUGAGAGCAGAACUGGAAGACCUGCAGGACGUUGUUCCAUUCACCGCAGUGACCAGUCAUCUGAACGAGGAGAAGGCGGGUGGAGGUGACGGAGCAGCUCAGUGC